AUGAUUGGAGCAACCAAAGUUGAGAAGCGGAACCGACCUCCUAAGUCCUGCGAACCUUGUCGCACACGAAAGUUGAAAUGCAACAGAAGUCUACCUUGUGACUCGUGCAUCAAGCGGAAUAAGCAAACGCUCUGUCACUAUGCUUCCAACGCUGAUAGAUACGAUAAGCGUGUCGAGAAGGCUGAAACUGUCGCUGAUCGACUGAAGAACCUCGAGAGUCUGAUCGCCACGGUUGCUCAAAGGACCCAGGAAUCAAACCCUACGUCUUCCACCUAUACAAAUAAGGGCACAAUUCAGAAGGAGCAUGGGUUAGCAGUAAUUAAUAGUUUUCAGCUUUCCGACCACUCCAGAUCAGAGGCUGUCGCCAACAGUAGCGGUGACAGUGUCUCUAGCGGCCUCAUGGGCCAGGUCGACUCGAGCCACUGGUCCUCGAUCCUCGAAAACAUCAGAGCUAUCCGCGAUGAGUUACCUGCUGCCAGCCCUCAGGCCUCGACUCUGAGUUCAGUCACCCUGAACAAUGACGCGUCCACCAAUGAAGUAGACUUUGAUAUGGGAUCUCCCUCCGGGUUAUCAAUUGAGCAUAUCCUAUCAGCUUUGCCGCCUCGACAGGUCUGUGACACGCUGGUAUCUGUGUUCUUCUUGUCGCACUACACCAUGAUGCGUAAGCUAAUUUCAAGUUUGAUCUAUUUCUUGGUCGACGCUUACGAUGGAAUGGUAGCUAUUCUGCAUCCGACAAAGUUCCAACAAGAGUAUGAAAUAUUCUGGGACUCGCCUUCAGAAACAUCACCGGUGUGGAUAUCACUGCUUCUCGCUCUUCUCAGUCUAUCAGCAGGUGUCUACGAAAUCUCAGGCAUGGCACGCUCCUCACCAUUCCCUAUACCAUCCAGCAAAGCUCUCUCCAAGAAGACUCAAGAAUGCCUGCUCCUGAGUAAUUACACCGCCGCCAAUGAACAUGCCGUUGAAGCAUUUCUUCUCCUUCUCGUCGGAUGCUGGCUGCGUGCCAAAGUCUCCGAUACUAACCUCUGGUUCCUCAUGGGCAAGGUAGUGCAACUUGCGAUCUGCAAGGGUUAUCAUCGAGAUUCUGCCAAAGUACCAGGCUCUAGAAUUUCUCCGUUUGACGGGGAGAUGAGGAGACGAGUCUGGGUCUGUUUGUAUCAGCUUGAUUCUCUCAUGUCGUUCCAGAUGGGCCUUCCAAGCAUGAUACCAUCAGACUUCUGUGAUACCGAGCUGCCGAGGAACCUGAACCAAUCUGACUUUUAUCCUGGUAUUGCGGAGCUACCUCCGUCUAGGCCUCUUUCUGAGAAUACGAUCAUCUCAUAUGCUAUUGUCAAAGCUUCUGUGAUGAGCAUGUUCAAGAAGGUGGUUAAACAUACUCGAUAUCUUACGCCGUUGUCCUAUGAAGAGACAAUAUCACUAGACGCUGAAGUCAGGGCAGUCUAUGACAAAAUACCCGAUAACUUCAAGUACAAGCCUCUUACUAGCUUCAUUGUCGACGAAAUUAGUAUCAUAAUGAGCAGAACAACCAUAGAGUUAUUACACCUCAAGAGUAUUAUCGUUCUUCAUCGGCAAUACUUAACAGACAGGCAAGACAGCAGGUUUGCGUUCUCAAGACAGGCCUCUCUCGAGGCCGCGGAAAGGUUACUUGAGAGACAGGCCGAGAUACACCAACUUACUUUGCCAGGUGGUUUAUUGCAUGAUAAGAAGUGGAUGAUCACGUCGUUGACACUGAGUGAUUUUACUCUCGCUGCUAUGGUUAUCUGCUUGGAUCUCACUCUUGGCAUACGAAACAGUGUGAGAACCGGGGCCAAUACGGAGGAGGAAGAAAUUCACAAAAACUUGAAGAUUAUCGAAAAGGCCCACGAAAUAUGGUCCAGUUCGUCUGAGACUUCAGAGGGACGAAUAGUUUCUCACGCUCUGGACUCAACCAUCCGGCGCGUGAACGACUUCAUCAAGACAUCAUCGGUUUCAACGGCUCUGGGCUGGUCAGCUUCUGCAAUAAACACAGAAACACCUGACUAUAUAAUGAACAAUUUCGACAUGAUGGAAAGCAUCGACUGGAGCCUUCUCGAUAAUCGGAUCCAAGAUCCUAGCAGCAUUCAAGACUUUGAUUUAGAUAUGUGGCUUAUGGACACGGCUGGACCUCUGGAAUCGUUAUGA